AUGCGCAAACCAUCAGCGUGCAGCACCUGCCGAGCACGACGGCGCAAGUGCAUCUAUCCAACAGGAGAGCGGUCUGAUCGGGUGAUUGCGUGUGAGUAUUGUCGGUCACGAGCACUGCACUGCGUCCAGAGGCCCCCUGAAGGCGGCUACUAUGCUCAACGUCAAGCCAGAAUCGAGGAGUUCGAGGCCAAUCAGCAAGCUUCAACGUCCCCAGGGAGUCAAUUGACACCAACAUCAUGCCAGUCUCCGUCCGACCUGCCACCGAUGCCCUUGCGGCUGGAGCUGGUGAGCUUGUAUUUUGACUACAUCCAUGAUCAGUUUCACUCUAUAUAUCAUCGCCCGUCGUUUACCCAGGAUGUGGCUCGAGAAAGAGUACCGAAAAUCAUCCUACUCGCAAUCUUCGCACUCUCAUGCAGGUUCUCGAGCAACUCGGUCUACAUGGAACUAGACCCACGAGAAAGGGGUGAAGGCUUUCGAACAGCAAGCGAGGCACUACUCAACUUACGUGAUAUCUCACCAGUCACGAUCCAAGCGUGUGUGUUGUUGGGUGCGUACGCAGCUGCACACGGUGACACAGACGUUGAGAAUGUGUACUACAGUACGGCAGGCCGCAUGUGUCUAGUUCUUGACUUGCCCAAUCGGCCAGUUGCCAGUCUUCUAGAAAGAGAAGUCAACAUCAGAGUAUGGUGGACGGUCUGUAUGGUCGACGUAUGGUCAUCGGCUGCAGUCAAAGUCCCGAGGAUCAUGCCCUUAGACAGCACGGUAUCAUUUCCGAUCGAUGAGAUUCCCUUCUCCUCAAUGAGCGCCGACUUCACCUCGAACUUCAUCAACAAUCCGACAACCUACGAAUCGCCAAUCCUGACCGAGAUGAUCAAACUGAACAGGAUACUCUUGCAAGUCAUCGACUUCAAUCGCAGAUGUGUAUCAGAGCAUCUGGAAGGCGAAACUUUGGAGUCGGGAGUGCGAUCGCUCUCCCGUGAGUUAGGCAUGUGGUUGGAAAGCUUACCUCACCACAUGAGGGACACACCUGAGAACUUCAAAUGGUUUGCUGGCCGUGGCUUUGGACGCAUGUUCGCAGCAUUAUACCUGGGAUACUACCAUUAUGGUCAGCUACUCAACUACCAGUUCCUGGGUGCAGACGCUAUCUCAACUUCUACAUUAUACGCUGCGGAUUGUAAACACCAUGCCUCGAAGCUCUGCGAGGUCGUCUAUCGAUCCUUUGCCACCCCUGGAAGUGAAGUUAUGUAUCCAGCAGUCGCGCAUAUCUUGGUGAUAGCAUCCACUGUUCAGAUCCAUACCUUACUCUUCUCUGGAGACAAUAGCCAAAUAAGGCAAGCGAAAUCGCGUCUCGAACGUAAUUUCGAGAUCCUCCUGCGGCUGCGACCAUUCUGGUCCAGUGUCGAUAGCGCGAUGAGUCGCUUAAGAGCCUUCCAUCAGACUUGUUUGCGAAGUAAGGAUACCAGUUUCGUUCUGGACCGCUGGCUGCUUCGGUUCCUGGUGCAGUUUGCGCCGCAUAUGGAACUCGAGCCGCGAGACAACGAUCCGCAUUACGAGGCACUCCUUGCUCUCUCUAAACAGUCACCAUUAUCAUGUUCAUCGGUGUCGGUAAUGUCGCCAGCAACGGUAAUGCAACCCCCACAUGGGGCUUCCCCACGGGUACAUCAAAGCCCCACAUAA